ACAUUUGUACUGCUUUCUCUUAGUAGGUUAUGGAAUAUGAGGGUAUCGGAUUCUCUUGCAUCUACUGGAACUGCAUCUGGGCUUACUUCAAUCUUGCUCUUGAAGUCUCUGCAGCUUGGUGGGUUCCUUUCUAUUCCUGAAGGAAGCUUCUCAAACCUUAGUCUUCUCAUCCUUUCUGCCAGUUUCACUUUCAUUAUCCUAUCUGUUGCGUUUCUUAUUGACAUGGUAGCAAUACUUCAAUUCCUGCAAGGUAAGCCAUAAGCCCCGCAAAGGUGGCAUAUGUUGGCACAAUUUUCACGAUUUGCAGUCUUGUAACCUUGUUUCAGUGUCGGUUGAUUUCCAAUUCUAAAGAUUUUUUUUGGUCUAGGAUAAGGAUGUCUAAUCAAACGUUGCCAUUCAC